UCUGCCGUCUGGUGCUGCGUCCGCCGACGUUUCCAAAAUGGAGACACAGCCGUGUCGAACUCGUGAUUAAAACACCAUUUACGAAUGACCCGAGGCGAAAGCUCGAUUACCACUGACGACGACGGUAACAAACAAGUAAACGAGUAACGGCCAGCGCGUUCGUUUCAGUAUUUUUAGUAGGUUCCCAUCAUCGGAAAAAGGCGAAUAACAAUAAUAUUCUCGUCCGUUUCUCCCGCGGUCGAGGAGUUCGGUCGGUCCGUUAACGCUAAGCCGCGGUCUGCGUGUGCGCGCUCUCGUGUGUGUGUGUACCGUGUUUGAGUGUGCGUGCGUACUGCGUACAGUCCAUCGUUUUCCAAUGUGCUGUUCUGCCGCCGCCACCACUACCCUCAGGUAGUAGCGUAGUAUGUGGGCCGCGAACCAGGCCAGAUAGGCGUAUCAGAAAAAUUUCUUCUUUUUCUUCUUUUUUUUUUUUUAUCAAUAAAAAAAAGUGCGGAGCAAUAAAUCACGUUUCCUUUUCUCGUUCCGUUUUGUACGGCACACAUUUUCCUCUAGGAACCACCCGUGUGUGUUUACGCCGAAUUCGCGAGUUCGCACGAAUUAUGUAAAACCGAAGAGCAGCCACCCGCCGCACACUUAGUCGACGACGCCGACGACUGCUGUAGUGCUGUAUACUUCGACAAAGACGACGACGAUUGAUAGAAGAGCUACUCCGAACAGAGAACUCGACGACAAUAUUCACACCACCCACCGGUGGACAUGAGUGGAAGGCCCAGGACUACUUCCUUUGCUGAAGGAAAUAAAACUUCUCCGAAUCCUCCUCUAGGCGGAAUUAAAGUCAUAAGUAAAGAUGGCAGUAAAGUCACUACAGUCGUGGCAAAUCCGUGCCAGGGACCAGAUCGACCCUUGGAGGUGUCGUAUACAGACACAAUGGUUAUCGGCAAUGGAAGUUUUGGUGUUGUAUACCAAGCCAAAUUAUGUGAUACUGGAGAAAUGGUUGCUAUUAAAAAAGUCCUUCAAGAUAAAAGAUUUAAGAAUCGUGAAUUACAAAUAAUGAAACGUCUAGACCAUUGUAACAUAGUGAAAUUGAAAUUCUUCUUUUAUUCAAGUGGUGACAAGAAGGAUGAAGUUUAUCUUAAUUUAGUUUUGGAAUACAUACCAGAUACUGUAUAUAAAGUUGCUCGCCAUUAUAGCAAAUUAAGGCAAACAAUUCCGAUCAACUACAUUAAGCUGUACAUGUACCAGUUAUUCCGAAGUUUGGCUUAUAUUCACUCAUUAGGCAUAUGUCAUCGCGAUAUUAAGCCUCAAAAUUUGUUAUUAAAUCCUGAAACAGGGGUAUUGAAGUUGUGCGAUUUUGGCAGUGCUAAGACUCUUAUCAAGGGCGAACCUAAUGUAUCCUACAUAUGUUCAAGAUACUACCGAGCACCUGAACUGAUAUUCGGUGCUAUAGAUUACACAACAAAAAUUGAUGUAUGGAGUGCUGGAUGUGUAUUAGCAGAACUUAUGUUAGGUCAGCCAAUCUUCCCAGGAGACUCUGGUGUUGAUCAGUUAGUGGAAAUUAUAAAAGUCCUUGGCACACCAACAAGAGAACAGAUUAGAGAAAUGAAUCCCAACUAUACAGAAUUCAAAUUCCCACAGAUCAAAUCUCAUCCUUGGUCAAAGGCGUCAUUUGUAAAGGUUUUCCGUAUGCGGACACCAGCAGAAGCUGUAGAAUUGGUGUCGGUGUUACUUGAAUACACUCCAUCACUUAGGGUGUCUCCAUUACAAGCUUGUGCUCAUGCAUUUUUCGAUGAGUUAAGAGAUCCACUCCAUAGAUUACCAAAUGGACGAUCAUUACCUCCACUUUUCAAUUUUACACAAUUAGAAUUAAGUGCAGCUGGGUCUUUGAAAUCUGCUUUGAUACCCAAGCAUUUAAAAGAUUCCGUGGGAAGUGGAAAUGAAGCAUCUGCUGCUAGUGGUGGUCCAUCUACUCCAGAGAAUAUUAAUCCCGACAGUCCAAAUCACCCUUCAUCAUCAACUACUUCCAGGCAACCUUCAAAUGAAAUAGUUUAAAAGUGCUACCAAAAAAUGCCUUGGCAAUCAAACCACUCACAAACAUUUAAGGUAAUAUAUUUGUACACCGAAAAAAACUUAUUACAAAUUCAUCAUAUCUGUAUUGUUUUAUGUAUUAAGUUUUUUUAAAAAAAAGUACAGUCUAAGGUUGUCAACUUUGUUAUUAGGUAAAUUUGUUGAUACCUAAACUCGCCUUAUGAAAUGAAUGAAUUACGCAAUUUUAAAACGUUUUUAAGCUCAUUUUCAAUAAUACUAACAACCAUAUUUUUUCUUUUUGUUGUUACAAACUUUAAACAAAAUUAUUGGAACUAAUAAUCAGUCUUAUUUUAAUCAAAUAUUAUUAUGUUGUUGUUUUUUUUCCUUUUUUUAUAGUAAGAUAUUUGUUUUUUUUUCCCAAAGGAUCUCGUCAAACGUGUAGCCUUUUUAAAAAUUAAAUUCAAAUUUUGAUUUAGUUCCCAAUUACUUGCCUUUUGUGUUAUUUUUUAAGUCCAAAGAUAAUUUUAUAAACAAUUAAAUGUGUAUUAAUAUAUAUACUAUAAUAAACUUGUGUAAAUAUAGUGCAAAUUCUUAUGGUUU